CGCUGUUUCCGGAAGUGUCCACCGCCUUCUGUUCCGUGGCUGCCUCCAACAUUCAGGUCGCUGCUCUUCGCUGCGGAACUCUGCGCGUGGACCGGUGUCGACCUGGGCGGGGCCAGGGUUCCGUCUGAGCAGCAGAAUGGAGAUAAUCCGGAGCAAUUUUAAGAUUAAUCUUCACAAAGUGUACCAGGCCAUAGAGGAGGCUGACUUCUUCGCCAUCGAUGGGGAGUUUUCAGGAAUCAGUGAUGGACCCUCAGUCACUGCAUUGACAAGUGGUUUUGACACCCCAGAAGAGAGAUAUCAGAAGCUUAAAAAGCAUUCUAUGGACUUCUUACUGUUUCAGUUUGGCCUUUGCACUUUUAAGUAUGACCACAUAGAUUCCAAGCACAUAACGAAGUCAUUUAACUUCUAUGUUUUCCCCAAGCCUUUCAGUAGGUCCUCACCAGAUGUCAAGUUUGUUUGCCAGAGCUCCAGCAUUGACUUCCUAGCAAGCCAAGGAUUUGACUUUAAUAAAGUGUUUUGCAGUGGAAUUCCAUAUCUGAAUCAAGAAGAAGAAAGACAACUGAGAGAGCAAUUGGAUGAAAAACGUUCUCAGGCCAAUGGGGCAGGAGUUCUGACAAAAUGUCCUGUGACAAUUCCUGAGGAUCAGAGGAAAUUUAUUGACCAAGUAAUAGAGAAGAUAGAGGACUUCCUACAAAAUGAAGAGGAGAGCUUGGAUCUAGAGCCGUGCACUGGGUUCCAAAGAAAACUUAUUUAUCAGACUUUGAGUUGGAAGUAUCCCAAAGGCAUUCAUGUUGAGACACUAGAGACUGAAAAGAAGGAGAGACACAUAGUUAUCAGCAAAGUGGAUGAAGAAGAACGUAAGAGAAGAGAGCAGGAGAAGUAUGCAAAGGAGCAGGAGGAACUGAAUGAUGCUGUGGGAUUUUCAAGAGUCAUCCAUGCCAUUGCUAAUUCGGGGAAGCUGGUUGUUGGACACAAUAUGCUCUUGGAUGUCAUGCAUACAAUUCACCAGUUCUACUGCCCUCUGCCUGCAGAUCUGAACGAGUUUAAGGAGAUGACAACAUGUGUCUUCCCCAGACUUUUGGAUACUAAGUUGAUGGCCAGCACACAGCCUUUUAAGGAUAUCAUUAACAACACAUCACUUGCAGAGUUGGAAAAGCGGUUAAAAGAGACACCUUUUGACCCUCCUAAAGUUGAAAGUGCAGAAGGUUUUCCAAGCUAUGACACAGCUUCUGAGCAGCUCCACGAGGCGGGGUACGACGCUUACAUCACAGGACUCUGCUUCCUCUCCAUGGCAAAUUACCUAGGUUCUUUACUUGGUCCUCCAAAAGUGUGUGAGUCCACCAGAUCAAAACUCAUUGAACCCUUUUUUAACAAGUUAUUUCUUAUGAGGGUCAUGGACAUUCCCUAUCUGAACUUGGAAGGGCCAGACUUGCAGCCUAAACGUGAUCAUGUUCUCCACGUGACAUUCCCCAAAGAGUGGAAAACUAGCGACCUUUACCAGCUCUUCAGUGCCUUUGGUAACAUUCAGAUAUCCUGGAUUGAUGACACGUCAGCCUUCGUUUCUCUCAGCCAGCCUGAACAAGUACAGAUCGCUGUUAACACCAGCAAAUAUGCUGAAAGUUAUCGGAUCCAGACCUAUGCUGAGUAUGUGGGAAGUAAACAGGAAGACAAGCAGGUCAAGAGGAAGUGGACAGAAGACAGCUGGAAGGAGGUGGACAGAAAGCAGCCCAAUGUGCCAGGCCCCUGUUCCCACACCAACAGCUUUGCAGCAACUGGCAUGAUUGGAAAGAGAAAUCUGAGUCCUGACCCAGGGGAAUCUGGCUCGGAGGACAGAGAAUUGGAGGGGAUGUCUGACUCUGAGCUUGAACAGAUAGAUUCCUGUGCAGACCUCCUCCCAGAGGGACGGGAAAAGGCCAAGAAGUUAAAAAGAAUGAAGAAAGAGCUUUCCUUGGCAGGAACCGUUGCCGAUAGCCCUGCCAUGCUUUUUGAAGUCCCCGACACGUGGUAACAGAGACCAGGGUGGAGCACACUGAGCGUGCUGCUGCUGAGAGAGAGCUAGCCCAGCCUGCCUGUUUGGAAGCCAUACUGUAUUCACUUAAUCAAAUGAGGCAUGGGAGGGCUUUGGAACCAAGUUUAUCUCCUCCAAAAGCUACUCUUUCCUUUUUUGGCUGUUUCUGUUUUCCCUUUUCAUCUAAACUGACCAUUGACAUACAUCAUAGUUGAGGGCUGUUGCAGGUGUGUGUGUUAUUAACUAAUUACUUCCUGCUCCUGGAAAACCUGUCCUGCCCUGAUGAGUGUUGGCAAGUCCACCCAGGGAGGAAGUCAGCCGUGAACCAUGCCAGGUGAGCGAGCCUCCAGGGUGUUCUGGUCAUAUUCGUGCUGAGCUCUGCCCUGCCUGGAGAUGUGCCUGGACAACCCUCCAUUCAGCCUGUGGUGUCAUCACAGGUCAUGGUCACUGGCUCCUGAUGAGUAAGUGAUUCUGUCCCCUGCUUCCCACCAUCACUGCCUAGGAACAGCUCUCAGGCUUAUCUUUUCAAUGGAGAUCUUCCUGUGCUGACCCAGGGUCAUCUCAGCAGAUACCUGGGCUUUGAGAGCACAUUAUUGCAAGUUCCUUUCCCUCAGAGUCUCGCAUGGAUGGUAUGAGAGUGAGAAGCUGGAUUUUCUGUUCCUAUCACAGUGCCAGAUUCAUGGUGUGGUGUGUGUGUGUGUGUGUGUGUGUGUGUGUGUGUGUGUGUGUGUGUGUGUGUGUGUGUAGCAUGCUUCAAAGCCUUUAUUCAGACAGGUUCCACAGUGGCAAAGCACCAUAUGCUCCUGCAGGACACUCCACAGCAGAUGCUUCUGGAUAUGUAAUGCUUUUGUACCAUGAAAAUAAAAAUGAAAAAUGAAUUUCAAAAAGAUGGAAUUAAAGAAGAUUUCAUAGAAACUCGCCUUUAACGCUUUCCUUGGAGCAGUUGCUGCAUUUGCCCUCCAGCUGUUCCUCGCCUCGAGCUCCCAUGGUGGAGCUGCAUACCUCCAUGUAUGGAAGACGUUCCCCCACUCCGACGCUCCUAGCCCUUCCUUCUCCCCCAGCUCAGUCUGUGGCUCCACUAAGUGGAAAGUGGAGACAGGGAGGGAGCAAGCCAGAGCUAUGGGCUUAAAGGCUUGAGAUUAGGGGGGCCUUUGAUUUUGCUUUGGUUUGAAAUGUAGGAAAGGGGAUCCAGGGCUUCACUUGCACUAGUCCAGCACUGUAUCACUGAGCUACAUCCCCAUCUGACACUAAUUUUUAAAAAGGAAAAGGGAGACUGGAGAUGUAGUUCAGUGCUAGAGGGCUUUUUUCCUGGCAUGCUUGAGGCCUUAGGUUCAGGCCUCCAUACGGGGAAGGGGGGAUACAUGAUUUAUGAGUGGUUAACCCUGCUCUUACUGCUCUACCAGAGGAUCAGAAUUUAGAUCUCAGCACCCAUGGCCAGGCAGCUCUCAGACACCUGUGACUCCAGCUGCAGGCAAUCCAGUGCUUCCUUCUGGCCUUUAUGGGCACUGACACACAUGUGCACAUACAUACAUGUAUAAAUAAAUUUUUAAAAUUAUAAAAAAGGAAAAGGUGAAGCACAAAACACUGUGAGCUGGCACAUGUAUGUACAUGCACAAGGCCUAAUGUGUGUACUUCUGUGGUUGUGGCCACCUGUAUGAAAGUAAAUCUUACAUGAAAGGGAGACAGCUUCCUUAUCCAAAGCUGAUGACUGUCUACAUUGUACCCAAGCUCUGCCCAUAUGCACAGACCCUGCCAUUGUUCUGGAAAGCAGUUGGUGGGGGUGAGACGUGCUUUCUAGACAGAACUUGUGCAACUGUGUCUGCAUCCCAAUUCCAGCUGUGUACAUUUCUAUGCCUUCUGAGCCUCAGCCUUCUCUUUCAUAAAAUCAAGAUAAUAAAACUUA